AUGGAAGAUAGAGCUGGUCAGCAAGAGCAGGAGAGACACAGCCUCCGUCUGGAAAAGCUACAACAUUGGGCGAGGCACAGGCAGAGUGGGCACCUCUUGGUGCUGGCGGUGAGUCAGCUAUGGCUGGCAGUGGUUGUGGUGCCCCUUGCUGUCUCAGUCGCCUGCCUGAACUCUGAAUGUCACAUGGCCACAGCGCUGCCUCUUGGGCCUGGAGCCUCAGGUCUCCUCACUGGGACUGUCACCCUAGAGCUUCGCAGAGCACCCCGCCUCUGGAAGGUGCGGGCCAUGAUGAUAUUCAACACCUUCAACUUGAUCUUGGGUUUCAUCGUGGUGGUGGUCGAGGUGAUGAAGACAGCCUUGGGGCCUGCCCCAACUGCCUCCUCCCAGCAUGCUGGCUUGCUGGUGCUGGAGCUCAGUGCUGAGGCCUUCACCCUAGGGGGAGUGCUGGUCUCAGUGCACGCCCUAUUCUUGCUGAGCCAGAGGAAACCAGGAUGCUGCAGGAGCCAGAGUCUGCACUACCAGGAGCUGCAGGAGGGCUUCUCUGAGUUGGAAGAGGUUCCUGGUUUGGAGAAUGGUCCCACGGUGGCCAGCACAGGAGCAAAUGAGAGGGCGGGACAGCGGGAACAGACACGUGCUGCUCUCCUUCCACCCUGAGGGAAUGCUCUCCAGACAUUCCUGCCCCACCCCACCAAACUCAGAAGCUUGCUGGGAUCCUUUGAGUCCAACAGGAAGUCCGGGAAUGCCUUCAGUUUUCACUCAGAGCAGGCCCUUUUUGCGUUCCUUCCCUGUUAGGGGAAGAUAUACCUGGACGAGAAUAUAUCCUCACCUAUCACCUUGAAAAGCUGCUUUCUCCCUUCCAUCCAUAUCCUCCCUCCCUGUCACCUCCCCAUACAGCUUCACAUCUGCCUCAUCUCACUCUUUUUUUCUGUCCACUUUUCAUAAUCCCAUCCACUCCAAAUCCCGGACCCUGCACACGCCAACUCCCUGAAUCCAAUUCAGGAGUGCCCCAGUUCCCCUUUCGAUCCGUCUCUUUUCUACUGCAGCGGAGACUACAAGUCCCAGGAUGCCCCGCUAGCCCGUGACCGGCUGGGAAAUAAAGAGCCUUCUCUCCGCGG